AUGAGAGAGAGAGAGAGAGAGAGAGAGAGAGAGAGAGAGAGAAGCAUAGAAGCUUUUUGCAUAGCUUUUUCAAUUUGUAUAACGUAGUAUAAUACCCCAGCCUUUUCCAGCCAAUACCCAUUUGUGACUUUGCCUGGUUUCUCUCAUAUUUAGUCCUUUCAGCUCAAUCUGAUUUGAUUAGAGCUUUCAAUCUUCCUUGCCUGUGUUUUGUCUCUCGAACCAAAUGGUCUUUGCUUUGUGUUCUUUUGUUUCGGGGUCGUUUUAAUUCCUGAUGUCAUUACUUGGGAAACAGAUGUUAACAGUGAACACAAGUUUUACUCGGUUCUUGGGUUUCAAACAAGAAGACAGCAGGAGCAAAUCGAAGCAUUCAGAAGCUAAACCUGAAGCGUUUGCCUGAUGGUUCUGUGUUAUUGUCCAUAUAUAUAAAGGUAGAAGUCCCUUUUCUUUGUAUCACUUUUUAAGCAUUUAGAGUUUUCUAGCAAAGAAGCCUGAAAAUUAACACCAAAAAACUUAAAGACGGUUUGGAAAAAGUCAGUUUAAGCUGGUAUCAUGAGGGAUUUUCCUUCUUGUUUUGGUGAAAAUGGUAUUCAAGUUGCUGAUUCUUCAUCUUCGAGCACUAGUAAAAAUGCUCAGAACUUGGUUACCUGUGUGUAUCAAUGCAAAUUACGUGGUCGUUUAUGCUUGAUUACCGUAACAUGGACCAAGAAUCUGAUGGGUCAAGGCCUUAGCAUUGGGAUAGACGAUUCGGCCAACCAAUGCCACUGUAAGGUUGAUAUAAAGCCAUGGUUGUUCUCCAAGAGAAAAGGGUCUAAAAACUUGGAGGUGGAUUCAAGCAAAAUUGAGAUGUAUUGGGACUUGACUAAUGCCAAAUUUGGUGCUGGCCCGGAACCAUUAGAAGGGUUUUACUUAGCUAUCAUAUUCAAUGGAGAAAUGAUUCUACUUCUUGGGGACUUGAAAAGAGAGGCAUGUAGGAAGAUUGACUCCGAACCAGGGCGUUGUAAUGCCAUUCUUAUUGCCAAGAGAGAGCACUUAUUUGGGAAGAAAUUCUAUGUUGCCAAGGCUCAGUUUAUUGAUAAGGGUCAGACACAUGAUGUUGCUAUUGAGUGCGACACUGUUGGGCUCAGUGAUCCUAGUCUUGUGAUACGCAUUGAUAGUAAGCCAGUGAUGCAGGUGAAGAGGCUGAAAUGGAAGUUCAGGGGAAACUACACCAUUUUGGUUGAUGGGUUACCAGUUGAAGUAUUUUGGGAUGUUCACAAUUGGCUCUUUGGCAAUGCCAUGGGAAAUGCAGUUUUUAUGUUCCAAACUUCUCUCUCAGCUGAGAAGCUUUGGUCUAGCCAAUCUGUAUUUGAUCCUUCGCUACUGACUCGGGCUUGUUCUCAGCAAAUGAAAGAUUGUCAAUCACAAGGUCUGGGUUUCUCCCUAGUAUUGUAUGCUUGGAAGAAUGAAUAGAUUAUGGAGUUGUAUUUUUCAGUUUUGAGUGUUGAUGGAACAAACUACUAAUGUUGCUUUGAUAAAUAUAUGUGAUCCAUACAGUAAAUGCUAGUAAAAAAAAGAAAGAAAGAAGAAGACUUGGUUGUUCUCUGCA